AGCUUGUUUGCAUCGCUAGGAAACGUGUUCAAUUGCGUUCGGCGGACCACUUGAAGUGGCAGACUAAUUUAAUUAAGAAGAUAUGUUUAUACAAAUGUUUAUAAAACGCAUCGCAUUCAUGUCAGUGGCGGUUGAAGCUGAUACUGCGUGACCGGAGACGGACCGAGCCCUGACACGCAAUAGACUUGGCCUAUUUUUAUAUUUUCUUAUCUAAAACUACAGCGGUUUUAUUAAAUACUAAUAUAUUUAAACAAUGAAUUGGAUAAUAAUAUUAUCAAUGUGUGGAUUUGCAAUGUGCACACAGAAAUUAAAAGUUGCCGUUUUUUACGAGGCGCUUUGUCCUGAUAGUGUUCGAUUUUUUACAUCACAAUUAAAACCAGCUUAUCCAGUUAUAGGUGAUCGUAUUUCCAUUGAUUUUAUACCUUAUGGUAAAGCAAAUCACUUUAAAAUAAAUGGUAAAGUAGCGUUUCGCUGUCAUCAUGGACCAAACGAAUGUUACGCAAAUCAAAUUCAAGCAUGCGCUGUUCAUCAAAACGUCACCGAAAACUCCAAAGUUAAUUUUUUGCUCUGCCUAAUGAGCUCGUCAAGAUACGAUCUUGUAAAUCCUGCCAAUAUUGAAAGAUGUGCCAAUCAAAAUUCCAUGUCUCCGGUCGAAAUUUUCAAUUGUAUGCGUGGUGAUCUCAAGGAAACACUUUUAGCCAAACAUGGCGACCGGACCUUGGCGUUGGAUCCGAUUAUUACAUUUGUUCCAACAAUUAUUUUUAACAAUGUAUAUGAUCCAUAUAUGCAAUCUGAUGCCUUGUAUGAUUUUCUAGGCACUGUUUGUGAGCAAUUAUCACCGAGACCAAAUAAUUGCCCGUCAAAACGUUCCUUGUCUUGGUUUGCUUUCUAAAAAUAUUUCAAAUUUAAUAUGUCACUUAUAAAUCAUUAUAUUUUGCUGACAAUUGUCAUUUGAAUGUUUUAACUUUAUUUUACACCAAUGAAAAACAUUCUAGAUAGUGAUACCUCGGAAGUUGAAGAUUCGACCAAAUCAAAAUCGAAUUAUUCGGAUAAAGACAAAUAUAAAGUUUGUACAGCUAAAGAAAUCUGCACAAAUUUAAUAUUUUGGUGCUUAUUCAUCAUGACGUGUUAUGUGACAAUGAUGUUUGCGAUUAAUUCAGCGCGAAAAUACAAACAAAGCGAUCAAUUUCUGGACGACGCUGCAAUUCAAGAAAAACAUCACACCUUCCAUCGCAAAGUACGAGAUCGUCACAUUUACGACGAUGGCGACACGCCGGAAUUUAUCAAAUUGCUCAGCGAAUCUUAAAAUAUUUUUUUAUCAACAUGUCCAUUAAUGGAAAGAAUAAACAAAGCUCAAUUUA